AAGAGAUGGACUACGAGAGGGGUCACCUUUAUAUAAACUUGACAAAUAUGAGGGAGCCAAAUUAAACUCCCUAAGAUAUAUGGCCUUAAAUAGAAAAUACCCUCUUUUUGUAGUCUUGUUUUGACCUUUUUUUUUUUUCUAGUUUUCUUUCAUUUGCUCUGUUUUUUCUUUCAAGCUUCAACAUUCACCUUUCUGUAUUCUGUUCCCAGGUUAGGAUUCAAUUCUGUACCUUUCAAAAUUCUCUCCUUCACUUCAACUUAGCUCAAUUCCAUAUAAUUUUUUGUACUAUUGACUAGGCAUAUACUUAACUUAAUGUUUCUUUUAAGUUGAAACAUAAGUGGCCCCUUGGGAGAGAGAGCAAAUGGUGAUAAAACUCUCAACUUUAAACAUUUCCAAGAAAAUCCCAAAAUGGGUUUAUCCCAAACCUUAUUUUUAUUCACUUUCUAGUGCUUGUAGAAUUCAAAUCACCCAAGAAACCAAUCAACCCUCAACCAGUUCUUGUGAUUUUGAAACAAAGAUUCAAUUUUUAAAGAAUAAGCUUCACCCAGAAACCUUAACAAGUGUUCUUGAUUCCACUACUGAUUUGGAUUCUUCAUUGAAGUUAUUUAAAUGGGCUUCCCUUCAAGAAAGGUUUCAUCAUUCUUCUGAUACUUAUUUUCAGAUUAUAUUGAAGUUAGGUAUGGCUGGAAAAGUAGAUGAAAUUGAAGGAUUUUGUAAUGAGAUGAUAAAAGAGAAAUGCCCAAAUUAUGAACAUGUUCUUUUGGCUUUGUUAGAUACAUUUGUUAGAAAUAGUAAGCUUAAUGAGGGGUUAUGUGUUCUUGAAUGUAUAAAUUUGAGUAGUUUAAAGCCCGAUAUAUCUGUAUUUAAUCGAUUAUUGGGUGCACUUAUCAAGGAAAAGAAAGAAUUUAAGGACGUAUUAUUUGUAUAUAAAGAGAUUGUGAAAGCUGGAAUUGGUCCUAAUAUUGAUACACUUAAUUAUCUGAUAGAGGCUUUAUUUGCUGCUGAUCGUGCCGAUGCUGCAUUGGAUCAGUAUAAUCGACUUCAUAAGAAAGGUUGUAGUCCUAAUGGCAGGACUUUUCAGAUAAUUAUUGGUGAACUUGUUGCAAGGGGUAGAGUGGAUGAGGCACUUGUAAUUUUAGAUGAUAUGUUUAGGAUACGGUGUGAACCGGAUUAUUCUAGCUUUUACACUCAUAUAGUUCCUUUAUUUUGUGAUAUGAAUAAAUUAGAUGUAGUAACGAGGUUGAUGUCUGUGAUGAGAUCGUCUAAGGUUCUUCCGGAUUCACCAACUUAUGGGGCAACGAUUAGGUGUUUGUGUAAGAAUCUUCUCGUGGAUGAUGCUAUAAAAGUUGUAGAUGAGAUGGUGCAUAAUGAUGUUAGGCCAGAUGAUGAUGUGUUCAUGAGUAUGAUAGACGGAUUAUGUGAACUGAAUAUGUUGAGUGAAGCUAAGGAGUUUUUGAAUGACAAAGAAGUUGCCAGUGUAUUGCCUUACAAUGCACUUCUUGAAGCUAUUCUAAAUGGUGGCACCUUUACUAUGGCAAGAGAUUUGUUUGAUGAAAUGUUUGAGAGGAACAUCACAGAUCAUUGUUCUUGGAAUAUCAUGAUUCGAUACUUGUGUGAUAAUAAAAGGCUAAAAGAUGCCUUGAAGUAUCUCGCUAGAAUGAUUAUUUCCUCCAUUAACCCCGAUUCAUCUACAUAUUCUGCUCUCAUCAUUGGCAACUGUAAAUUAGGUGAAUGUGAGGAUGCUUUGGCAUUGUUUCAUCAACUUAGGGAGAAAGACGGGUUAAUAGAUUUUGUAGCAUAUGCUCAACUUAUUGAGUGUCUUUGUCAGAAGGAAAAGAUUCAGGAAGCAGCCGAAGUAUUUUGCUUCAUGUCUACAAAGAGACGUGCUCUUCAAUCGACCUCGUUUGACAAGCUUAUGGAGGGACUUUGUGCUAGUAGAUACACUGUUAGAGCAAUCAAAUUGCUACCAAUUGCAUAUUAUUGUGGUACAUUGUCUUCGGCUGCUGCUUACAACAGCGUAAUGCAAGGUCUAUCCAGUUUAGGAAGAGAAAGUGAUCUCUUUAUAGUGCUGUCGAGAAUGGUCAUAGAUGGUUGUACGCUGGAUGCGGGAUCAUAUUGCAUUCUUAUUCGGAGCAUGACUUCGGUUGGACAGAUAGAGAAGUCUGCUCUAUUCUUGGAUUUAAUGCUUAGACAAGGUCUAACGCCGAAUUCAGAAACACUUUCUAAACUUCUGAAGUAUCUGGUGGAAAACAAUCAGGUACACAUGAUAUUUUCUUCAAUAGAUAAGCUUGUCUCAGAAUUUGAAGUUGUUGAUUCGGCCAUGUACAACAUGCUGAUACAUGGCCUCUUGAAAGAGGGAUACAAAAACAAGGCCUCUUUCUUGCUGGAUUUGAUGUUAGAAAAGGGCUGGGUUCCUGAUGCUAGUACUCAUGCUUUAUUAUUGGGUUCCAGUGUAAGCGAUGAAACAGGUGUCACAAAGGAUACUGUUGGCAAUAUACUUGCUGAGGGCUUAGGGAAAUCGGAUGGGCCUGACUACAGGUUAUAAUACUAUAAUUGGUAUAUAUUUCUAGCAAUCAAUUUGGCUGAAUGAUGCAAAAGUUUAGAAUAUAUAUGGGAAAAAGAAAAUUAUGACGUAUAAGGGCUUAUGUGUGGUUUUUGCACAUCGUAUCUGUUCUCCAAAUCAUCAAUCAGAUACCUGCUUCAAAUUUCAAGGUCUCAUCAAUAUUUAAAGCACACCUAGAAUGACAGUGAAAGCUGGCUUAACAAUCCAGUGUUUAGCAUUUGUAUCAGCAGUGAUGAAUCGUAAUAUACCUUUCUCGCUCUUUUGGAUAAGAUCAAGUUACCUGCUCUUAUCAGUUCAAUACCAGUGUCGAGGUGAAUAAUUUUUUCUUAUUAAGGUGGUGUCUGAGCCAACUCUCUCGCGCUCAUCGACUAACACAUCAACACAGUUGAAUGGUACACGAUCAAUAUAAAUCGUGUCACAUGCUGAGCAGCUAUGUAGUUGUAGACGUUGAGAAGUAUGUGCUGAUCUUAACUUUCUCUCAAUAUAUGCUGCUCUCUGAUUCGGGAAGUUUAAGAGGCCAUGUAUGAGCAUGUAGUCAACAUAUGCACUCAAGCUGUGACCAACAUAUAGUCAAUGUACACGCCCAAUUUUGAGUUGUAAAUUUCUUUUGUAAGUUCCACUCUUCAUAUUGAGUUAUGAUUACUAGAUUUCUCAUUUUAGCUAUUUCCAAACCACAUCAUGUUAUACAGGGACUUCACACAUUCAACAUUAUACUCAAAGCAUAAAUGAAUGAUAUAGUGAGCUUGA